AUGAAUGCUGAAAGCAACAAGUGUCAAAAUUGAAAUUACGACACAAGGGUAUUGUUUACGGCGAGUUUGACGUGGCGUUGUCAACAGCAAUGGCGGAAGCAGAAGUAUCGCAGGGCAGCUGGGAACGGGACCUAGCAGAGGCUUUGGACUCAGGAGGGUGCGACCUGGAGACUGUGAGGAAUAUCAUUCAGGGCCAAGUGCUGCCUGACCCCCAGAGACCCAAAAUAUGGAAGAUUGCCCUGAAUGUGGCGGGGAAAGGAGACAGCCUGUCCUCCUGGGAUGGGUCUCUGGACCUACCUGAGCAGACUCUUAUCAAGAGCAGGUGCCAGCAGCUGAUUGAUCAGUUGGAGGUGCCUAAGGAGGAGCAGGAAUGGAUUCUGACUGAUGUAGAGUCAGUCAUCACCUUCUACUGCAAAUCCCGGAGCAUCACCUUCACCGCAGAGCUCAGCUGGCCGGACCUGCUCAAACCCCUGCUGGGCCUGCAGCUGCCUCGCAGUGACCUCUAUAACUGCUUCUACGCUAUCAUGAACAAGUACAUCCCCAGGGACUGUGUGUCGAAGGGCCGGCCUUUCCACAUGUUCCGGCUGCUGCUGCAGUACCACGAACCCGAGCUCUGCUCCUUCCUGGAUACCAAGAAGAUCACUCCCGACUCCUACGCCAUGCACUGGCUGGGAAGCAUGUUUGCCAGCCACUGCACCCCUGCAGUGACCCAGGCCAUGUGGGACGUCUAUCUGCAGCAGGCCGACCCCUUCUUCAUCUUCUUCCUCAUGCUCAUCAUCCUUGUAAACGCAAAAGACACCAUCCUUGGCCAGGAAGGGGACAGUAAAGAGGACAUUAUCAAGAUGCUGGAGGGUUCUCCUGCUCAUCUGGAGACUGAUGACAUUGAGGACCUGUUCUCUCUGGCUCAGUACUACUACAGCAAGACUCCCGUGUCUCUCAGGAAGGAGAACCAGAACUUGUUUGGGAGCAGCCUAGUGGCUCUGAAGGAAGAGGAUAUGGACUUGAGCCAAGCUCUGUGCCUGCCUGUGUCUGUCCCAGAGAUCCUGCAGGCCAACCAGCUGCAGCCGGAGGGCGUGCGGUUCUUUGUGGUGGACUGCCGGCCAGCGGAGCAGUACAAUGCUGGUCAUCUCUCCACUGCCUUCCACCUGGACUCUGACCUGAUGCUGCAGAACCCUUCUGAGUUUGCGCUGUCGGUGAAGUCCCUGUUGGAAGCGCAGAAGCAGUCCCUGGAGUCGGGCUCAGUCGCCAGCGGGGAGCACCUGUGUUUCAUGGGCAGUGGGCGCGAGGAGGAAGACAUGUACAUGAACAUGGUGCUGGCCCACUUCCUGCAGAAAAACAAGGAGUAUGUCAGUAUUGCUAAAGGCGGUUUCAUGGCUCUGCAGCAGCACCUGGCGGACAUUAACGUGGAGGGCCCGGAUAACGUGUACGUGCACUGGAUCGUCAGCACCUCAGGCUCCCACGGCAGCCUCUGCUCCCCUGACGGCGAGGCUAUGAACGGCCUCGGGGAUGGCAAAGGUGUGAAGUCGCUGGUCAAUAAGAUGACCUUUGCCCUCAAGUCCAAGUCUGUGAAUGUGAAGGAGAAGGUGAUCAGCUUCAUUGAGAACACUUCAGUACCGGUGGACAGAGUGUCUUUCAAUCUGCCCUGGCCAGAGAAGGGGAUUCAGGAUCGACACGUCAGCAGCAGUGACCGGGUAGGGAGGCCCUACAGGGGGGUCAAACCCGUGUUCAGCAUCGGGGACGAGGAGGAGUACGACACGGAUGAGAUUGACAGCUCGUCCAUGUCGGAUGACGACCGCAAGGAGAUCGUAAACAUCCAGACCUGGAUCAACAAGCCAGACGUCAAGCACCACGUGCCCUGCAAUGAAGUAAAGGAGACUGGCCACAUGUUCCCAAGCCACCUCCUGGUCACAGCCACACACAUGUACUGCCUGCGGGAGAUCGCCUCGCGGAAGGGCUUCGCCUACAUCCAGUCCCGGCAGCCGCUGAGCUCCGUGGUGAAAAUCACCUCCAAGAAGAAGCACCCGGAGCUCAUCACCUUCAAGUUCGGCAACAGCAACACGGCCGGCGUGGAGGUCAUGGCGGUCGAGAGGUACCUCAUACCGAACGCGGGCGAUGCCACCAAGGCCAUCAAGCAGCAGAUUAUGAAGGUGCUGGAUGCUCUCGAGAGCUCGUAGCUGUGAGGUGAACAAGUGCACCCCUGCUGGCGCCUAGAGGAACUGCAGAGGGGAGAAUAAUAGCCUGCAGUGUUGAUUGCAAGUCCCCACCUGUACAUGGGCAGCCUGGUCCCACCUGCCGGACCUUACACCCGAGGAACUGCGCGGCCGCACGCCCCACAUCAAAUCGACCCUUUUAAAUGUCCAAACCUAUUGGAUGUGCAAAGUUAUUGCAAGAUGGAGUAUAUUAAGGCAGUUAAGCUGUAACCUAUCUUUAUUUUUAAGGCGUCUGCCUAGCCUUAACAAAAAACGAAUAUGAAACGACUCUGUGCUCUGCGACUGGAAAAUGUAUAGGCUGGCAUUUAUUAAUGAGAGAGAGGCUUCAAUUACUGUGGAGAAUUUCAUAAGGGAAGGGCAGUCACCAACCUUUUUUGGGAUCUUUUAUUUAAGCGAUUUUUUUUUGCUAUCUGUGAAUGCUAGAUGGAAGAACUGAAUAGAUAUGUGUCCGAAGGUUUUUUCAGAAAGCUGUAUUGAGGGGUGGGAGGGGGUUGGAUGUUGACUACAUUCCUUUCUCUCACCCAGACAGUCUUAACACUGGACGGUGAGAGUACAGCAGUAUUUGCUCGACAUACUGGUAUCCCCAGAACAGUUUCAGUGACCACAUGACAACCACAAGCUGGUGUAGCCACGGGCAUAGCAAAGCCACUGAUUUUGACUGAGAACAUUAGCGUAAACGUUACCAAACAUUACCGGAAAAAAUAUGGGAAUAGUUUGGUAACUGUACAGAAAAAAAGGUGUGUUUUACCUUAUGGUGUUCAUCUGUCCUCCAUUCAAAGGUCUGGGCUAAGUUUGUAAUGGCUGUUUUAUGUUUUGAUUGAUACCCACCUGAUCGAUACCCGAUUGAUACUUGGCGGUUAUUUUCCAGCUUCUAGCCUUAACCUUGAAACGAAGAGGGUUUGGUUGAAUGAUCUCUGUACUGUAAAUACUGUAAACGUUGUGUUAUACAUUGACAACUUUUUUUU